CCCUCUCCCCAACUUGGAGAUACAGUCAUGUCACUAAAUCAGUAUAUACUGAGGCAUCUGUUAGAAUUCUUCACCCUAGAGCGUUGCUGGAGGCUGGCCUUCCCAAGUUGAUCGUGUUGAUGAAAUUGUGCCCUAUAGAUUGAAUGACUGUAAUGUUUCUCAGUUGAAGGAAAAGUGAGUUAACCAAAGGGUAAUAGCUUCAAGAUAAAGAGACAAAAUGCAAAAAGCUCUUUCUGUAAGUGCGUUGGUAAGGUUGCAGCCUUUCCAAACACUUGGGUGCAAUGGGGCCAUAUCUACAGAGAAAUGAAGCAUCUAGAGCCCCUAAUAACAGCACUUUGGCCUGAAAGGAGGUUUGGAAACUCUUGGCAUCUCACGCAGGUUGAUUAGACCAGAUCAGAAAGUACUGAUCUGAACCUCAUUUUCCUCUUUUGUGAAAUAGAACAGUUGAAUAUAUGGUGGUUUUGAAAGCCAGGGUAGAAAAACGCUUGCAGGCGCCCUUACUUCCGUGUUGCUUCAUACUCUUUUUGCGCAUGCGCCAUUUCCUUGGAGCCGAGGCGGGGCCGACAAUCCGGUUUUAGGAGCCCUCCAGUGCUUAGCUCGUUUAGAAUGCGAGACUCUAAGCUUAUUGGAGGCCAGCUUGCUUUACGGCUCAAGGCUGCUUUUUGCGGCAUUUUCCGGCUUCCCAUUCACUUCGCAGUGAAGAUGGCGUCCGGCAGCGGGACAAAAAACUUGGACUUUCGCCGAAAGUGGGACAAAGAUGAGUAUGAGAAGCUCGCCGAGAAGAGGCUCACGGAAGAGAGAGAAAAGAAGGAUGGAAAACCAGUGCAGCCAGUCAAGCGGGAGCUUCUCCGGCAUAGGGACUACAAGGUGGACCUGGAAUCCAAACUCGGGAAGACAAUUGUCAUUACCAAGACCACGCCACAAUCUGAGAUGGGAGGAUAUUACUGCAAUGUCUGUGACUGUGUGGUGAAAGACUCUAUCAACUUCCUGGAUCACAUUAAUGGAAAGAAACAUCAGCGAAACCUAGGCAUGUCUAUGCGUGUGGAACGUUCCACCUUGGAUCAGGUAAAGAAACGCUUUGAAGUCAACAAGAAGAAGAUGGAAGAGAAGCAGAAAGAUUAUGAUUUUGAGGAAAGGAUGAAGGAGCUCAGAGAAGAGGAGGAAAAGGCCAAAGCCUACAAGAAAGAGAAACAGAAGGAGAAGAAAAGGAGGGCUGAGGAGGACUUGACAUUUGAGGAGGAUGAUGAAAUGGCAGCUGUGAUGGGCUUCUCUGGUUUUGGUUCCACCAAGAAGAGUUACUGAGGCUUUCUAUGCCUGGCUUUUUGCUGGGCCUAACUUUGUGUGUGUGGGCAUCAUUUUUUGGGAGGUACUUGGGAAAUCCUUAAGAGUGGCAAUGGGGAGGGCUAGAGGGUGGGUGUUUGUGGUUGCCCUCUGCCUUGGGAGAGAGCACAGGAUGCAGAGGAAUACUCUGUGGCAUAUUCCUUCAGCCUCAGUAUAUCACUGGAGUCACAGGACCUCUGACCAUCCAAGUUCCCAAUAAAGAAAAACCUCCUCUUCUGAGGCUGCUUUCCUGAAACUCUCCCUGCAUCUUUCCCCCUCUCUUCAUCUCUUCAUUCUCUUAUCUGAACAUCCUACAUUUAUCCUGUGUUCUGCCUUUGUUUUAAUUUUGACUCUUGUUUAGCCUACAGCAGAAAGGUUCUCUGGGUCCCCACUUUCCAGUUGAUAACAUAUCCUUGACUGACCCCUGCUUUCCCCAUUCUCCCCUCACUUCCCACCUCCCCCGCCGUGGUUCUCUGGCCACUGUGCAUGCAUGUGUACCUCUGCCUGGGUCAGUGGUGUGUGCAGGUGUGUGUGCAUGAAUCUGUCACAUAGAGGGAGCCUGAGCAAGAGCUUCAGAGCAUUGCUGCCUUGGAGCCUGGUUAUCUCGGCUUCCUCAGAGCAUGUAACAGGAAAUUAAACGGGAUGAGUGUUUGGUGUGGUAUUUGUCUGCUGAGUUUUUUAACCUUUGUUUUUCACAUGUAGACUGUUCACCUUUUCCUGUUUGUUUGAUUUUAUUGAGGAUUGUUUUUGUCUUCCUUGUAAGCAGGCUCUUGGAAGAACCUGUUUGAUGCAAAAAAGAAAAAGGAGAAAACCUCAUAUGGGAGCCCUUGGGUCUCAGAGGCUGUUCAACAUGUAUAAUAAAUGGCAUUGACUGGGCCUAUUUCAUAUUUGGUGGGAACAUUCCAUAUUCUUCCCUGUGUAUUGUUUUUUCUUUCCCACACUUACUCUUUUGAAAUUGUCCCUUCAUUUGAGCCCUGUCACUUUUUUUCUAGGUUCCUUCAACAUGAGUUCUAUUUUCCUCUGAUGGGAUCUGUGUCUGGAGGAGUCUGAACAAAACUUUUCCUGUAAUUUUAGCCUCCUUUAAUCUUUUAUUUUUGGAAUAGCAGAGCUCAGGGCUGAAAGCUUAGUGUUUUCCUUACUAUCUGCUGUUAGGCUAGGCACAGGGUUACUCAGUUUUUGCACUGUUGACAUUUUGGACUGGAUAAUUCUUUGUUGUGGGUGCUCCCUUGUGCAUUGCAGGAGGUUUAGAGUAUCCCUAGCCUCUGCUCGCUAGAUGCUAGCAGCAUCUCCUCUCCAAGUUGGGACAACUAAGGAUAUCUGUGUCUCCCAGAGUGGGGUGGGGUAGAAUUCCUCCUCCCAGCCCCACUGAGAGCCUUUGAGAAGCUGCCUUCCCUUUGGUCUAAUUUGAGAAUUAGAUGGCACAGACUGGUUAAUAACUAAAGCCAAAACAACUUUGAUAUUCCCUGGGUCAGGUACUGUGCCAGGUCCCAGGGAUGCAGGGGGGGAAUAAAAGCCCCUUAAAUUAAAAAAAAAAAAAAACCAAACA